GUACAGAGGAGUGGCUUCGGUCAAGGCUCUGCUCUGCUCUGAUAGCAGGGGCUGGGUCGACGUCAGCUAGCGCCGGUUUUCAUUUCUCGGAGUCAUGGCUGGCCGGUGCUCGUGGAAUCGGGAAUUUAUUGUUGUCGAAGGUUACGUUCUGCCACGGAAAGGCAGUGCGGAAGAUGAGAAGGUGAAAGUGGAAGGAGAGUCAGACACCGAUGAGAAUCAGGAGCACGAGGAGGACUUGCAGUUCUUCGACCUCAAGGAUAUAAUAAAUAUUUCCCUCGGUGCAACCUCCAUCAACGCCUCUUCUGUGGCCAGGCGGUUCGUUAAAAUCAAAGACCUUGGCUCCGGUGACACUUACAAUGUGUUUGGACGGUUUCAUUUUACUUCUCCUUGGUGGAAAGUGACCGCAAAAAUCUUCCGUCAUCAGAAAAAAUGGUAUUUGCAGUGGUAUCCUUCUUAUGCCCUCAGACAUCUGAGCGGAAAGGAACAGAGCAUUGUCAGCCUUUUCUUAAACAAAUGUGGCGUCCACUCAGAUUACAUAAAAGAAUUUAUUGAUUAUUUGUCUCGCCAUGAUCUUCAAUUUCCAGAAGUAUUGAGCAUUUUACAACAGAUUGCAGAAGAGGAAAAGAAAAAGGAUGAAAAUAAAAAUGGUUUUGCAAAUUGCGUUAUUCCCUACAUAACUAAAUCAGUUGAAGGUCAGCAUGUGCUGCAAGCUUUGAAGUUCCAAAGGCUGAUGAAGUAUCUGCCACAACUUCUGCCACGGUACUUUUUGCGUACUUUGAAGAUGAGCAAUGAUACUCUUGAGAAUCUGGACCAGAUGAUUUGUACAGAAGUGUGGAAACUGGGAUUCCGUUCUAUUCUCUCGAAGGAGCUUCACCUUGUUGGUUGUGAGGCAACCUUGUUGGCUUUUGAAGAAGCUGAUCUUCUGAGGACAAUUCCAGAGCUUCAAAAACAUGCUCUUAUCAUUUAUGAUAAACUCAAACAAAUCUGUUGGAAAAAUGGACACACUUAUGUUAAUAUUGAUGAGUUGACUGGAUUACGCCCAUCUGAGUUCAGCGUUGAAAGUGCAUGGGAAUCGCUAAAAUUUUUGAAGGAAUCAAAGAUUAUUGUAAUUGAAAAGAAGCGGGUGUACCUUGAACCUUUCUACAGCUAUGAGCAAGAAAUUGCUACAUGUAUAAAGGAACUUGUGGAUAAACCUCCAUGGUGUAUUUCUAUGACUGUGGAGGAAGUUCUGCGAAAUGCUUUCAUCCAAACCCAGAGGGAAUGCUUACCUAAGGGUAAAGAGGUUGAUGAUACAGAGCACAGUGAAGCAGUUAAUUUGGACCCAGAUCAGAUAAGAGCUGCUACCAUGAUGUGUGAAAAUCCUGUUACAAUUAUAAGUGGUAAAGGUGGGUCUGGAAAGACCACACUUGUCAGUCUCAUCUUCAAGGCAGCAGUUGAAAAUAUGAAAGUUGCAGAGAAUGAAGAACUUUUGCAAGCAUGUGAAGAUCUUGAGCAGGAUCAGUCUGCUCCUGAAUGCUGGGACAUUCCAACAACUAAAGUUCCAAAUACUGGCUAUAUUAAAAAAUGUGAAGUCAGCAAAGCAACUGUGCUGUUCACUGCACCAACUGGAAAGGCAGCAUCUCUUUUAAGGAAAAAAACUGGAUUUGCUGCUUAUACUUUACACCAGGUAAUAUGGAAUUUCAACAUUACCCAAUACCCCAAGGAAAAACGAGCAGUGUUUGAUUGGAAGUUUUCUGAUGUUCAGGUUCUGAUUGUUGAUGAAGGAAGUUUGGUCUCUGUGAAGAAUCUAUGUACUGUUUUAAACUUGCUUAUGACAUAUGCCAAUCUCAAAAAGCUUAUAAUCCUUGGUGAUAUUAGACAGCUGCCCAGUAUAGAGCCUGGCAACAUGUUGAAGGAUAUAUACUCUAGUUUGUACCAAGUUGGAUGGGCAAUUGAGCUACCGACCAACCAUCGUGCCGAGAGCCAGCUAAUAGUAGAUAAUGCUGCUAAGAUUGCUGAGAUGGGACUUAGGUCAGUUUAUAUAAUGUUGGACUAUGAUGCGGUGAUGCAUAUAUCAAAGGAGGUAGAAAUCUCAAUUCCAACACCUGAUAAAAAAUUCAUUCUGGUUUCUCUUGAAUCUAGCCCCUAUGUUCUUCGAGAGGCUAUCAACAUUUUGUUACGAAGGGCUCCAGGACUUGACAAUCAUGUGACAUCACAGUUCAUUGCAUUUAGACGGGAUGAUUGUGCAGAAAUUAACGAACUCUGCUGCAAGCAAUAUUCAGGUCAUUUGACUAAAGAUCAUAAAAAAUAUAAUGACUUCCAGGUCGGGGACAAAGUAUGCUGUACGAGGAAUGGAUAUGUCGUAGACUUUACUAAAGGCCUGACAUCAGAGUCUGAGAAGGAACGCGUUCGCUUAUGUAAUGGAGAAAUCUUUUUUAUCAGUGAGGAUAAAACUGUGUACACCAAUACUUCGUGCAUGCGUUACUUACGACUGGAUGACAAGGAAAAUAGGCAGAUUUUGGUGAAUUUUGAAGAAGUAAGGAGGGAAUGCAAGUUGAUGCAUGCUUGGGCCAAAACAAUCCACACUUUUCAGGGUUCCGAAGCUGACACUGUUGUGUAUGUUGUGGGAACGGCUGGAAGACAGAACUGGCAGCACAUUUAUACUGCAGUCACACGAGGGCGCCAGCGUGUAUAUGUUGUUACAUCUGAGGAUCAAUUUACUUCAGCAGUGACAGCUAGAAGCCCCCAGAGAAACACACGCCUUCGGGAAUUGCUGCAGGAGAAACUAAUAAAACCAAGACCUGCUUCAUGCUUUGAAGGAUUACAGUCCCAGCAGCAGCCAAGUUGGGUGUCCACACCAGCAGCACCCAGCUCAACCCUGUUUCAUUCAUCUGUUUCUUCGACUCGUGUGUUGCCAAACUUUACAUCCUGUGUAGCAGAUGAGAUAAAGGAUAUCACUAACACACAAUCUCAGAAAGAAGACUCCUAUUCGGAAGAUUUGGCUUUUGCACAGAAUUACAGCUGGUCUCCUUAUAGUUUGGAGCUUGACGUCACAGAAUACAGUAGGACCUGGGAAAGGCCAACAGAAGCAGUCGACUCCUUGCUUCAGAUUGGUGAUGGAUCCAUGAGAGAUACUUUGGCAGGGACAACUGCUGAAGCGUCCACCCGCUCUGAAAAAAUUGAAGCAAGCUGGUCUCCUGGCAGUAAGAGAAGUGAUGAUACUUUGGCUGGUGAGGGAUCUGCUCCAAAAUACUCUAAGGUAUUGAUGGAAUCACCUCUUGGCUGCACAAAGUUUAAGAUGAUGACACUUGAUAACUCAUCACCACAAAGACACACUAAAAAGCUGUUUAAAGAGGAGAGUGAAUGAGGGGACGUGCAGACUCUACACGAAAAGGACAUGUUAGCAAUAGACUGCCAUCAUGAAGAUACCUCUGAGGUGGAAUGGCAUGUGCAUUAUGUUUUUAAACUGGUGCUAAGAUAGAUAGUAGUAUUCACCUAAUGAUCAGGAAAAACUGGUUACUGAGAUAUGCUAAAUCAGCAUUAUUAAUUUGUGGCAAUUUCACAGUUGCUUUUUUAAAUUUUCUAAAAUGGUUUUGUAGAAUGUAAGUACUCUUUAAAUUUAAUCUUUCAAACAGCAUCUGUGUUCACUCAUACGACAGUAGUUUGUCUCACAUGGUUUUAUUUCAUCUUGCAUAUCUCAUACAAAUUAGCAGUGAAGAUUCCCAAAACCUUAGACGAUAAAUAUCAUGCUACCAAAGUAGGAAAUUUGUACAAAAAUACUUUACAGUUUAUAAUACUUGUUUGUUACAAAUAAAAAUACAUUGUCCAAAGGACAUGAAUCAAAUCUGUCAUAUCUAAGUUGUAGCUGUCUGUAUUCGUGUUGCUGGCAGUGCUUUUCUUUUUUUAAAAUAUGCAUCACGUCUUUAGGCUGGAAAAUUACAAGUGUGGUAAUUGUACGGUUAAUGGGUCAAAGGAGGGUAGAAACAUUCCCUUGAUUUUUAAAUUGGGGAGUAGGUUUUAACCAUUGGAGACAGGAUACAACCAGAAGCAGAUCAGCUGUUCUGGAUAAAGUAAAACUCCGUUAAUCUGGCAUGCAUAAGACUUUGGUGCUGGACUAGCAAAUUUUCCAGACUAUUGGAUGUUAUUUUGUUUAUACACUAACACAUUGGUAUUGGUUUAUUAUUGUCACUUGUACGGAGGUACAGUGAAAAGCUUGUCUUACAAACCCAUCGUACAGGUCAAUUCAUUACACAGUGUUUGAUUUUAAAGGUGUUACAGAGUAACAUUUCAGUGAACCAAGUGAGUUUAAAGGGAGUGCAGGACUGUGGCCUCCAGCAAGAGGCCAGAGAACACGGGAAACAUCACCUGGUGAGAUGGUUGCCAAACUACUGGGAUUUCUGACUGGUUGGAUAGUGAGUGGAUUAUCAGAGUUUUACUGGUUACACUUUUUUUUUCCUGUUAGCCACUCCAACUACAUUCUAUGAUUGCAGAAUGUUAGAAUCUACCCCCAUGUGUUUUGAUCCAUUAUAGUGAGUGAGGCACAAGCAACAAUAAUACUAAGAUACUUAACCAGCCUUAAGUUCAUAUACAUCAAAGUAAAAUUCAAAUUUCAGUUAUACUGAUUUAUAUUAUAAAGUCAAUCAUUUACAAAUACAAAUGUGUUCCUUAACUAGUUACCAACCCCAAUGAUGGACCAUUAAAUGUGAAGACACUUUACACAAAUGAGCAGGUUUAGGAUUACGUGUUGGAAAAUGGAUUGAGAUUUAAGACCAAGUAAUCCACAUGGCAGAUACAUAUCAGUUACAAUCUCUAUGGCAAUAUCAGAAUUUUCAUGGCAAAAGGUGAGGCGAUAAAUUCCCAGCACAGAAGGUCACCUGUGGUUAUUGGACUUGGGGGGUGUUAUUUUACUUUCACACUGAAGGAUUCUUUUAGCAAGUUGGUGCUUUCCAAAAUAUAAGUGUAACUGAGAUUUAGUUUAUAAUAUUUUGCAGUGUGAAAGAGGAGUCCUUUGAUUAUGUCAGAUUACUACUGUCAGUAUAUGCCAAGAAUUGCCUCAAGGCCCCUCCCACUGAGUGUCACCUUGAUGGCUAGUAGCAAUUGGAACAUAACUUUGGCCAUAAACUAGUUCACAGAAGACUAGCUUAAUAUUAAUUGUCUGUGCAGUUUUAAACUUUUAAUUCAAACAUUUACAAUUAUUAUGGGUAAGACUAUGCUGCACUAAUAGUUUUACAAUGAUUUCUCUGAUUUCUAAAUGCUCAAUUUGUUUUCAAAUGGCAUGCUAUAAUUUUCUUAUUGCCCAAGAACCAGCUGGCAGCAUAGAUCGUCAUUUAUUUUAAAGUUUUUCUAGAAUUUGGACAGUAAGCACCAUGGGGUGGGGGUGGGGGGUGAACUCUUGGCAAUGGAGCUUUUGUUUCAUGGCUGUGCCCUGCAUAGACUGGCUUAAUGUUUGUCAAACCUUUUAACCUUUUGUCAUUUGCAUUAUGAGGCGGGGACAAGUUUCUGUUCACUUCUGAAAUGUGUGCACUUGGUACCUGGUGAGAGACAUGAAUGGUUGAUAAAAGUGAGUUAGCACCAUUGGAAAAAAAAACAAUGCCUCAGUCUAUUGGACUGAAUACCUGGCAC